AUGUAUACCGGAGCGUUCGGUCAUAAACUUUGUUUGCUAAUACAGCAGCGGUCGUUCGUAGUGUUCACUCCAGGGCUUCCGGCUUCUCCGAGAAGGCGGCAGGAGGUACCUGCCCACGCCCCCGUCACGGCCCAGGCACUGCAGGCCUCCCUUGCUGCGUCCCCGGAGCACAGCUCCGGCCGAGGCCGCAGGCUUGCUGCAGAGGUUCGCUGCCUUCCUUCUUUUGGAGCUGUGGCUCACGUGCAGACUGAGGCUGUGGUGAUCACAACUCAUUACCUAGGAAGGAAGAAACAGAAGCUUGCCAAAGAGAGAGCAGGGCUUUCCAAGUUGCCUGAUCUGAAAGAUGCUGAAGCAGUUCAGAAGUUUUUCCUUGAGGAGAUUCAGCUUGGCGAGGAACUACUAGCUCAAGGUGAAUAUGAGAAAGGUGUUGAUCACUUGACCAAUGCCAUUGCUGUGUGUGGACAGCCGCAGCAGCUACUACAAGUUCUACAGCAAACUCUUCCACCGCCGGUGUUUCAAAUGCUUCUAACUAAGCUCCCUACAAUAAGCCAGAGAAUUGUAAGUGCACAGUGCUUGGCUGAAGAUGAUGUUGAAUGAGGUCACACCACAACAGGGGGGGAAAAUGUUUUCUUACCCCAGAAGAUGAGCAUCAGUAGGGGGAUAAAGGGGCAAACAUAGUAGUUAAUGGACUGUGUACCACAUCGGGUUCUACCAGAGUUAAAAUUAACUUUGUGUAGGUGGGUUUCGCAGGAUUUUAUUUAUUAUCCCAGUGAAAAGUGUAUUUUGAUAAGAAUUCAUUUUAUAAAUACACUGUGUUGAGUUAUCAAAGUAUCACUAACUUCAUGAUUAUUAAAAUAUGCAGUUGUAAUGUUGUACAUAUAAAGACAUAAAACUACGACCUAUUAAAAACCCAAUGCUCAUUUUUGAAAAAACAAAGUUAUGGCAAUAAAGAUUUAUCUGCACUUGUGUGUCCCUAUAGUACUACUUUAAAUUUCAGAACAUUUGAGUGUCAGAGCAAAUGAUCUAAAAAUGACUUAACAUUAAAAUUUAUUUUUAAUGUUA